AUGCAAGCCUCGUCGACGAACCAACACAAUAACCAGCCUCUCGCUGCUGCUUUCAGCGGCGUAGCAUCAACACCGUAUUCCCUCUUCGAGAUCAGACUUGAACGCGAAUUUGUCGUCUUUUGGGGCAGCCGAUAUGAAUCAACAGAUCAACUACUCAAGGGCGUCGUAGUCCUGUGUCUACAGUCGCCGCUCAAGCUUGAUGAAGUCAGACUUCGCCUAGAUGGUACUGUACGCCAUGCAUGGCUAAACGACCCCGGCGUGGCCCACAACACCAGCAUCAUGAAGCACAAAUGGCCCUCAUUGCUGGAAACAGGCGGCAAGAGUGUCACUCUACCAGCUGGCAACUACGAGUGGCCCUUCGAACUGAUGAUGGCAGGGGAUACUUCCGAAAGCCUCGAGGGUAUCCGGGAUGCUUCCAUCACAUAUGGCUUGAGAGCAACGAUCAGCAGAGGCAAGCUGGCGCGACAUAUCAGCUGUACCAAGAAGCUUCGAAUCAUCCGCACAUUUGCGCCGACUGCCUUGGAGUUCAUGCACAAUAUGAGCGUUGAGCAGACAUGGAUCAAUAAAGUCGACUACUCUGUCUCCAUACCGACAAAAGCUGCUGUUUUCGGAGGGUCUAUUGUUCUCGAAACGCGAUUUACACCACUGGUCAAAGGACUCGAGAUUGAAAGGAUCGUCGCAACUUUGGUGGAGUUUCAAGAGUUCAGCAUGCACAGCAGACACUAUAUUUACACAAGAGAACACAAAAGCAAACGAGAGAUUUCUCAAUGGGACUUUGAGAUGUCAAGAGAGCAAAACUGGCAGGACACUAUAGAGGAAACUGGUCAAGAGGGAUGGGUCAUGAAGAAGACACUGCAGUUACCGAAGAAGCUGAGCGAAUGCAUCCAAGACAUAGACGCACAAGGCAUCAGGGUCUACCACAAACUCAAGAUACACAUACCCAUUCGGAACCAAGACGGUCAUGUCUCGCAUCUUGACUUGGGCAUUCCAGUCAACAUCUUCAUUUCACCGUCCAUCACUCUUGACGACCAAGGCAACUUGAUAGACCAAGCCCCUAGUACACAAGGACCACCAAGCGAAUUAAUAGGCCCACCGGUGUAUGGAGAACAUAUUCUCGACCAGUUAUACGACAGUCUGGAGGACUGGCAGAUCCCUGGCCAAGGCACUCACCAAGGCGAGGGAGAAGGAUCCGGUACCAGCACUCCUCAUCACACAGACUCGAAUGAGAGUCAGACAUACGAAAGCUCCAACACAUUUGAAUCCUCACAGUCCAGCCAGACUCACGACCCAUCGCGCAGCUCAUCCGAAACUGUGUCUACCAACCCAGAAGAAUUUGCCGAACUUAGCAAAGUUCCGACAUAUCGCACGGCGCUCCGGACUCCACUGCAACCGCAUACUCAGCAAGGCGGAGCCCUGCCUCCGGAUUAUCGAACGGCCGCGGCAACGGUAGCGAGAGAUAGUUGA